AUGGCCUUACCACUAGAUAUGGCUCUUGAUUCUGUUGAUGAUUCCUACGAUGGCUGUAGAGAGGAGAUGUCAAAAUUGGUGAAAAAUGAUUAUCUGAAUCAGGAGAGAAAAGCGAACGUACAUUUUAAAGAUGGAUGGAAGCUGGCGGAGAAAAGGGCCAAAGCAGGCAAUGGUCUUGAGAAGGAGCAGGCAGUUGCUUUAUGGGUCUACACAAGCAGCCAUCCCAAUGUUUACACUGAUUUUAACAGGGCUGUUGGUCAUGAUAAAAGAAGUUACAAGAAUGGCACGUUCCAAUACUAUUCCCUUCACUUUCUAUUGACUGAUGCCCUUCAACUUCUCAAAAAAAAGCAAAAAUCUCCUAUGACGACAUAUCGACGGACCAAAGACACUUAUGACAGAAUCAAAGUAGGAAAAACAAUUCGAUUUGGCAGAUUUACCUCCACCUCUUUGGACUACAAUGAAACAGCCAGUUUUGGUGACAAGACUUGUUUUGAAAUUGGCACACAAUUUGGAGCUGACAUAACAAAGUUCUCUGCGAAUAAAAGAGAAAAAGAGGUCCUGAUACCUCCAUAUGAAAAAUUCAAAGUGACAUCUGUUCAAAUGAAAAAAAAGAAGCGUAAUCUGUGGUGUGAUGUUGUUUAUACUCUGAAAAGCGACGGUACCCGCAGCAAUCUGAACUGUGCUUUGUUUCACAAAGUUAAAUGA